AUGUGCCCAAAUUGCGACACACAGCAGAAAGCUGAUAAUUGUAGGACCUACUCGGGGCUGUUCUGCGUGGUGGUGAACCCGUACAAGAAGCUGCCAAUCUACACGGAGAAGAUCAUGGAGCGCUACAAGGGCAUCAAGCGGCACGAGGUGCCGCCGCACGUCUUCGCCAUCACGGACACAGCAUAUCGCUCCAUGCUUCAAGACCGUGAGGACCAGUCUAUCCUCUGCACCGGUGAGUCUGGCGCCGGAAAGACCGAGAACACGAAGAAGGUCAUCCAGUAUCUCGCCUACGUCGCCGCCUCAAAACCCAAGGGGUCCGGAGGGGGACCUACGCCGCAGUUGAUCAUUGGGGAACUGGAGCAGCAGCUGCUGCAGGCGAAUCCGAUCCUCGAGGCGUUCGGUAACGCGAAGACCGUCAAGAACGACAACUCGUCCAGAUUCGGUAAAUUCAUCAGGAUAAACUUCGACGCGUCCGGCUACAUCGCCGGUGCGAACAUCGAGACGUACUUAUUGGAGAAAUCGAGGGCGAUCAGGCAGGCGAAGGACGAGCGCACGUUCCACAUCUUCUACCAGCUGCUCGCCGGCGCCACGGCGCAGCAGAAGGCGGAGUACAUCCUCGAGGACCCGAAGAACUACCCGUUCCUCACCAACGGCUCCUUGCCCGUGCCCGGCAUAGACGACGCGGCCGAGUUCCAGGCCACUAUCAAGUCGAUGAACAUAAUGGGCAUGAACAUGGAGGACUUCAACUCGAUCUUCAGGAUAGUCUCCGCCGUGCUGCUCUUCGGCUCGAUGCAGUUCAAGCAGGAGAGGAACUCGGACCAGGCGACGCUGCCCGACAACACCGUCGCACAGAAGAUCGCGCAUUUGCUCGGUCUUUCCGUGACAGAAAUGACGAAAGCAUUCCUCAAGCCGCGCAUCAAGGUGGGCCGCGACUUUGUUACGAAAGCCCAGACGAAGGAGCAGGUCGAGUUUUCGGUUGAAGCGCUCGGCAAGGCCUGCUACGAACGGCUGUUCAGGUGGCUUGUGAACAGGAUAAACAGGUCUCUGGACAGGACGAAGAGGCAGGGCGCCUCUUUCAUCGGUAUCCUCGACAUGGCUGGUUUCGAGAUCUUCGAUCUGAACUCCUUCGAGCAGCUGUGCAUCAACUACACGAACGAGAAGCUGCAGCAGCUCUUCAACCACACCAUGUUCAUACUGGAGCAGGAGGAGUACCAGAGGGAGGGCAUCGAGUGGAAGUUCAUCGACUUCGGCCUCGACCUGCAGCCGACCAUAGACCUGAUCGACAAGCCCAUGGGCAUAAUGGCGCUGCUGGACGAGGAGUGCUGGUUCCCCAAGGCGACGGACAAGAGCUUCGUGGAGAAGCUCGUGUCGGCCCACUCCGUCCACCCCAAGUUCAUGAAGACGGACUUCAGGGGCAUCGCGGACUUCGCGAUCAUCCACUACGCGGGCAAAGUGGACUACUCGGCGUCGCAGUGGCUGAUGAAGAACAUGGACCCGCUGAACGAGAACGUGGUCUCCCUGCUGCAGGUGUCGCAGGACCCGUUCGUGUGCCACAUAUGGAAGGACGCGGAGAUCGUGGGGAUGGCGCAGCAGGCGAUGACCGACACGCAGUUCGGCGCGCGCACCAGGAAGGGCAUGUUCCGGACCGUCUCGCAGCUGUACAAGGAGCAGCUGACCAAGCUGAUGGCCACCCUGAGGAACACGAACCCCAACUUCGUGCGCUGCAUCAUCCCCAACCACGAGAAGAAGGCGGGCAAGAUAGAGGCGCCGCUCGUGCUCGACCAGCUGCGCUGCAACGGCGUGCUCGAGGGGAUAAGGAUAUGCAGGCAGGGCUUCCCCAACAGGAUACCGUUCCAGGAGUUCAGGCAGCGCUACGAGCUGCUCACCCCGAACAUCAUACCGAAGGGCUUCAUGGACGGCAAGAAGGCGUGCGAGCAGAUGAUCGAGGCUUUGGAACUGGACCACAACCUGUACCGCGUGGGCCAGUCGAAGAUCUUCUUCAGGGCUGGUGUGCUGGCCCACCUCGAGGAGGAGAGGGACUACAAGAUCACGGACCUGAUAGUCAACUUCCAGGCGUUCUGCCGCGGCUACCUCGCGCGCAGGAACUACCAGAAGCGGCUGCAGCAGCUCAACGCGAUCCGCAUCAUCCAGAGGAACUGCGCGGCGUACCUCAAGCUGAGGAACUGGCAGUGGUGGAGGCUGUACAUCAAGGUGAAGCCGCUGCUGGAAGUGACCAAACAGGAGGAGAAGUUGACGCAGAAGGAGGACGAGCUCCGUCAGAUCAGGGACAAGUUGGACAACCAGAUGAAGCGGUGCCAGGAGUACGAGCUGAAAUACCAGCAGGCCAACCAGGAGAAGACCCAAUUGGCUGAACAGUUGCAGGCCGAGCUGGAGCUAUGCGCCGAAGCGGAGGAGAGCCGUGCCCGCGCCGCCGCCAGAAAGCAGGAGCUGGAGGAGCUGCUGCACGACCUGGAGGGGCGCAUCGAGGAGGAGGAGGAGCGCUGCAACGCGCUGCAACAGGACAAGAAGCGUCUCCAGCUCAACAUACAGGACUUGGAGGAGCAGUUGGAGGAGGAGGAGGCGGCUCGGCAGAAGUUGCAGCUGGAGCGGGUGCAGUGCGACGCCAAGCUCAAGAAGCUCGAGGAGGACCUGGCGCUCAGCGACGACACCAACCAGAAGCUGCUCAAGGAGAAGAAGAUUCUGGAGGAACGUGCCAACGAUCUGUCACAGGCACUUGCCGAAGAGGAGGAGAAAGCGAAACACCUCAGCAAGCUGAAGACCAAGCAGGAGUCUGCAAUCGCAGAACUAGAAGAGAAAUUGCUCAAAGAUCACCAGCUCCGGCAAGAGGUGGACAGGGCUAAGCGGAAGCUGGAGACUGAACUGCAAGAUGUCAAGGAGCAGCUUGCAGAGAGGAAGGCGCAAGUGGAGGAGUUGCAGAUUGUACUUACGAAGCGCGAGGAGGAGCUGGCGCUGGCGAUGGGCCGCGCGGACGAGGAGGGCGCGCUGCGCGCGGCGGCGCAGAAGGCGGCGCGCGAGGCCGAGUCGGCGCUGGCCGACGCGCACGAGGACCUGGACGCCGAGCGCGCCGCGCGCACCAAGGCCGAGAAGCUGCGCCGCGACCUCAACGAGGAGCUCGAGGCGCUCAAGAGCGAGCUGCUCGACUCGCUCGACACCACGGCCGCCCAGCAGGAGCUGCGCUCGAAGCGCGAGCAGGAGGUGGCGGUGCUGAAGCGCAGCCUGGAGGAGGAGGCGGCCGCGCACGAGGCCUCGCUCGCCGACCAGCGCCACAAGCACUCGCAGGAGCUGCAGCAGCUCAACGAGCAGCACGAGCAGAUCAAGAAGGCCAAGGCCGCGCUUGAGAAGGCGAAGCAGGCGCUGGAGGCGGAGAACGCCGACCUGGCCACCGAGCUGAAGAGCGCGAGCGCCGCCCGCGCCGAGGGCGAGCGCAGGCGCAAGCAGGCCGAGGCGCAGCUGGCCGAGCUGGCCGCCAAGCUGCAGGAGGUGGACCGCGCCAGGACGGAGGUGCAGGAGAAGUGCGUGCGGCUGCAGAGCGAGGCGGAGCAGGCGCUGCAGCAGCUGGAGCAGUCGGAGCUGAAGGCGUCCGCCGCACUCAAGCAGGCCGCCACGGCGGGCGCGCAGCACGCUGAAGUGCAGGCGUUGCUCGAAGAGGAGACCAAGCAGAAGCUGUCGCUGCAGACGCGACUGCGUAAUGUGGAGCAGCAGCUCGAGCAGGCGCGCGACCAGCUCGAGGAAGAGGAGGAGGCCAAGAAGAACUUGGAGAAGCAGGUGGCGGCCCUGACCCAGCAGGUGGUCGAGGCGAAGAAGAAGGCGGAGGAGGAGGCGGAGGUGGCCGCCGCCCUCGAGGAGCAGCGCAAGAAGCUCGCCAAGGACGUGGAGGCGCUGCACCGACAGAUCGACGAGCUGCAGCAGGCCAACGACAAGCUGGACAAGAGCAAGAAGAAGAUCCAGGCCGAGUUGGAGGACACCAACAUUGAGCUUGAAGCUCAGCGUGCCAAGGUGCUCGAGUUGGAGAAGAAACAGAAGAGCUUUGACAAGGUUGUGGCGGAGGAGAGGGCGGUGGCGGAGCGCAACGCGGCCGAGCGCGACGCCGCCGAGCGGGACGCGCGCGACAAGGAGACUCGCGUGCUGAGCCUGACGCGCGAGCUCGACGAGGCGGCCGAGAAGGUCGAGGAGCUCGAGCGCUCGAAGCGCGCGCUGCAGGCGGAGCUCGACGAGCUCGCCAACACCCAGGGCACCGCCGACAAGAACGUGCACGAGCUCGAGCGCGCGAAGAGGGCGCUCGAGUCGCAGCUGGCCGAGCUGCGAGCUCAGAACGAGGAGAUCGAGGACGACCUGCAGCUGACGGAGGACGCCAAGCUGCGGCUAGAGGUCAACAUGCAGGCGAUGCGGGCUCAGUUCGAGCGCGAGCUGCAGGCUAAAGAGGAGCAGGGCGAGGAGAAGCGUCGCGGCAUCGUGAAGCAGCUCCGCGACCUUGAAGGAGAGCUGGAGGAGGAGAGGAAGCAGCGAGCGGCCGCCAUCGCGCAGAGGAAGAAGCUCGAAGCAGACCUCAAGGACUCUGAGCAGGCGUUGCACCUAGCCAACAAGGUGAAGGAGGACGCGGCGAAGCAGGUGAAGAAGCUGCAGCAGCAGCUGAAGGAGGCGGCGCGCGAGGCGGAGGAGGCGCGCGCGGGGCGCGAGGAGGCGGCGGGCGCGGCGCGCGAGGCGGAGCGGCGCGGCAAGGCGCUCGAGGCGGCCGCCGCGCAGCACGCCGAGGAGCUGGCCGCGGCCGAGCGCGCGCGCCGCCAGGCGGAGGCCGAGCGCGACGACCUGCUCGACGAGAUGGCCGCCGCCGCCGCCAAGAACACUUGUUUGGUUGACGAAAAGAAGCGGCUGGAGGCCCGGAUAUCGGCGCUGGAAGAGGACUUGGACGAGGAACAGUCCAACAACGAGAUACUUAACGACAGACUGCGCAAGUCACAGAACCAAAUCGACCAGCUCACCAUGGAGCUGGGCACGGAGAAGGCUGCCACGCAGAAGAUGGAGAGCGGCAAGCUGUUGCUCGAGAGACAGAACAAGGAGUUGAAGGCCAAGCUGGCGGAACUGGAGACUGCUGGGCGCACCAAGACAAAGGGUGUGAUAACCUCGCUGGAGCUGAAGGUGUCCAAUCUGGAGGAGCAGCUCGAGGCGGAGUCCCGCGAGCGGCUCGCCCAGCAGAAGGCGUCGCGCAAGCUGGACAAGAAGAUGAAGGAGCUAGCGCUGCAGCUCGACGAGGAGCGGCGCCACGCGGACCAGUACAAGGAGCAAAUCGAAAAGAUGAACACCCGCAUGAAGACGCUGAAGCGGCGUCUGGACGAGGCCGAGGAGGAGGUGCAGCGCGAGAAGCUGGGCAAGCGGAAGGCGCAGCGAGAGCUCGAGGACCUGCUCGAGACGCACGAGACCCUCGCGCGCGAGUGCUCCAACCUGCGCAACAAACUUCGUCGGCAGGGCGGCGGCAUCGGGCUCUCCGGCGCUUCCUCCUCGUCCCGCAUCAAGCGCACCUCGCUGGCGCCCGGCGCCGGCUCCGGAGAUGAGUCCUUCGACGACGUCAACGACACCACCAACAGCGUCGAG